UCUGAUGUUAUGUAAUCAAUGGUUCACCUCUGAAUCUUUCGAAUUUUGACCACCCAAAGAAUACUUGUUACAUAUUCGUUUUGCAGAAUCCAAACAUGGGUCACGGAUUUGGAGAACUCGCUAAAAUCCGGGGUAUUGUCACGUACCGACUUUCACCUUUCGAACUCAAGGCAUUUGGGGGUGUCAUUUCUCAUGGUAUUCCCAACACUUUCCGAAGAAUAAAAGAAGAAUUUCUUUACGUAGUCCCUCCUUUCGUUCUUGGUUACCUUUUAUAUGAUGGUUUGAACAAGGAACAUGCAAGGUUGCAGAGGAAAAACCCUGCAGAUUUUGCUGAUGAAAAAUGAAAUGAUGUUUUGAACUUUAGUGUUAGUUAGCUCCAUGAUAUAUAAUAUAAAUUGUAAGUAA